AUGAGUGUACUUGAUCAGUCAUUCGUCGUGAAAGAGGCAAGUUGCUUUGACUGCAAUCUUUACCCUUCAUCGCCAAAGCAUCGUCAGAGCGAUCUUGCAGUCAUGUCGAACGAAGAUAUGUUAAGAAAACAAGAAAUCGAUGCCCUCCUAUCCGAAGGCAUGAAUGCUUUAUCAUUUGCGGAGCGAGAGGAGCAGCAAGAAGUUCUGCACGGGGUCGAAAAGGCGAUUGCUGAAGAAGACGACUUUAUCGAGACAGCCCUGAAAGAUCUUGAGGAACACCUUACGCGUAUGAAACAUGGAACUGUUUAUGAAAUCGCGGAACGAAUGGAUUCAACAUAUGUUCAUGCGAGGGCCUUUCGAGUGACGUUUCUAAGGGGGAAACGAUAUGAUGCUAAAGCUUCAGCAAAGCAAAUGCUAAGUUUCUUUGAAGUGAAACAACAGCUAUUUGGAAAUGCCAAUUUAGCAAAGGAUAUUACGAUUGAUGACCUGGAUGAAAAUGAUCGGGAAGCUUUAAAGGUUGGCUCUAUUCAGCUUGCUGGUAAAGACACAUCGAACCGACAAGUCGUCCUUCAGUUACCAGGUCUUAAAAACUUCAGAAACAUUCAGAGCGAAUUACGAGCAACCUACUACAUCAUAAUGGAUGCCGUUCGUUCAGAACAAACGCAGUUGAAGGGCAUCGUGGUCAUUUUGUAUACUAUUGGUCAUUUCAAAGAUCGCAGUAAUGGAGCCGGGGUUUUCAAACAUAAUAAGCUUGCGCUUUCAAUGCCUCUUCAUAAUGCAGCAAUUCAUUGCUGUUUCGAUAAUCCGAAUCAGUACAUCCUCAUCAAGGCUGGACUUGCUGCAGUAAAUGCAAAGCUACGCGCCCGCAUCAAAGUGCAUUUUGGCAGUCACCUGGAGUGUCAAUACCAGUUGUCCACCUACGGAAUCUCCCGUCAGAAUUUGCCUCUGAUGCAUGCUACAAAUAACAUUGAUAUGAGAUAUCACCUUGCAUGGUACCAUACACAUACCAUGAAGUCAAAGAGCGAUAUUCGGAAACCAAAGAACGACCCCCAUGCCGCUGCAUCGAAGAAAUCUGUUUUAGUGACUCAGCCAACUGUCAAUGAUGUCUUGUACAUGGGUGGCAACAAGAUGAACAGCGCUGGUAAUGAUCAUCUCAGAGAUCUCGUUGCGGAAUGGUCGGAGACCUAUGACUCUGGAACGAACGAAGCCAAAAGACGGGUGGUGAAUGAAAUCAUUGAUGAGAUCCACAGGUCGGAAGGCCGUUUCCUCAGCCAGGUCAACGGUGCAGAGUCGGUAUGGGAAACAGUUUCGAUCGAAGAUGUGCGGUCCAAGAUCACACAAAUGUUUCGAAAUCGCCGCCGCAAGGUGCGAGUUGGCAAAAUCAAAAAGGCUAAGUAA